AUGAUGCUGAGGUUUGUAGAAGUACUCUUGCUACCUUUGCUGGUACUGGGUGAUAUCCAUUUUCCUUUGGACUGUGAAGACCUGUUUUCACAUGGAAAGACGGACAGUGAAGUCUACACUAUCUACCCCAAUGGCAUCAGUUUCCCUGUCAAUGUUUACUGUGACAUGGGCUGUCAGAACGGCAAGGAUGAGGGAGCAGGAUGGACUGUGUUUCAGAGGCGAAUGGAUGGUACAGUGAACUUCUACAGGCCCUGGCAUCAGUAUAAAGAAGGUUUCGGGGACGCGUCUGGGGAGUACUGGCUGGGUUUGGAAACACUCAACCUGCUGACCAGCAAGAAGAAGUACGAGUUGCGAGUGGACAUGGAGGACUUUGAGGGCAACAGGGUUUUUGCCAAAUACUCCAGCUUCUCUGUCGGCUCACCAGAGGACGGAUACAAGCUGACUGUCAGUGGUUUCACCAAUGGAGGCGCUGGUGACUCACUCUCUGUCCAUAAUGACAUGAAAUUCAGCACUUUUGACAAGGAUCAAGACCUACAUUCUUCAAAUUGUGCUGCCUUGUAUUUGGGUGGAUAUUGGUAUGAGCGUUGCCACUCUUCCAAUCCAAAUGGGGUGUACCUGUGGGGUGCUGUAAGCCACCAUGGCCUCGGUGUAAAUUGGAAUGCCUUUAAGGGGUACCACUAUUCACUCAAGUCUAUCACUAUGAAGAUUAAACCUGUAGUAGCUUAGUCAUCAUGAUUCAUGCAGGAUUUGUGCAGGAUUGGGCAUCUCAAGGUCUCUCUCUCUCUCUCUCUCUCUCUCUCUCUCUCUCUCUCUCUCUCUCUCUCUCUCUCUCUCUCUCCUCUUUGUAGAUGAGGCAUGUCGUAGCUUGAGACAAUGAAAUA